GGAUAAGUGCAGAGAGCCGUUGAUCGUCUUUUCUGCAUCUCCGCGCAAAACGCUUCUAGAUUCGGGCGCUUGAUUCGAUCCUCUGAGCUAGUAGCACACUACCUGGCGCUUAGUCCUCGCCUGCGGCCGUUCUCUUCUUCCCCCACUCCCUCUCCUCUCCUCUCCUCUCCCUACGUCUGGUAACCACCUCUCCCAACUUUCUUCCGGCCUUCCUCACAUAAAUAGGCAAUUGUAUUUGUCUAGCGUGAGUGUGCUAUUGUGCUUGACGCUUGUCCUUUUCGCCAGCGGACUUUUCUUGCUAUCUGUUCGAUCGACUGCAGCUGCAGCUGCAGCAGCAGCAAUCUAACUCACGCCUUCGUGGUCCGAUUCCUCUCUUGCCAGCGACUCCUCCUCAUUGACCGGUCCUUCUCUCUCUCUCUCCAUCGCCAGUUUCUUCUUCCUUCUUCCUCUUCCUCGUUGUGGUGACCUUCUUCUAUAUUGUCCUGAGAGAGAGAGAGAGAGAGAGAGAGAGAGAGAGAGAGAGAGAGAGAGAGAGAGAGAGAUGGCUACUCGGGUAACAAUGGGAAUGCGACCUUCGUUAGCUCUGGCUAUGGCGGUCGUCGUGUCGUUGGUGCUUCUCUUCCCGGAGAUGGCGAUCUCUCAGACUCCUGGUGCAUCUACGUCUCCGCCGGCUAUGGUGGCUUCUACGAACACCUCUGCAAACACCACUGCUCCUUCCACCCCUGCGCCUCCGCCUGCAGUUCAAUGUCGGUACAAAUUCAAUGGCACUGACACGAUCGAGUUGUCGCAAUUGGAGGGAGGUCGGGGUUAUCCCGAAUUGGGCGUUCUUUUUCCUGUAAACGCUAACAGGCCUGUCACAGUGGCGAACAGCGGUAAUUGCAGCUUCAUCAACGACGCGACGGGGGAGCUGGACAGCCAUUGCAACAAUCAGUUCUACAUGUGUGAAAACAGACUGUGCUCUCAAGCUUUCCAGCCGAUGCCCAAGGAGAAGACGAUUUAUAACUACCUUAUCCGACACGUCAGACUGAACAUUUCUCAAGUAUUUGCAAACAACGUGAAUGAGCUGCAGAAUGGGAGAGCAGAUUUCUGCGUCGAGUUCCGUACAGCGAACACAGUCCGGGUCCCGUCUCCCCCGCCUCCCCCCCCUCCUCCCCCAGCGUCGGCAUCGGCGCCGGCUUCGAAGCCGCCCGCAUCGGGCCCGUGAAACCCAACCAAUGUCUGUGUACUCAAACGACGGGAAGUAGUGCGUGGUCUCUCCGGUGCCGCCGACCGGUAUUAUGAUUAAGAUCCUCCUUGGGCGACCAGUUUUGCUUCGUUCUGUGCUCGGUGAACGAGCUAUAUUUUGCAAACGUGUC